AUGGCCGCCACUUCAAUCCCCAUCCGAGUAGUCGGAAUCCAAGCCUGCGCCACCUCUGGCCGCCGCAAGACCGAUGCCGAUCGCCGAAGAAGCUCCUCCGCCAACUGGUGGACCCCGCUGUUCGGUUGGUCCUCUGAACCGGACUACAUUGAGUCCAACAGCAAAGCAUCGAGUAUGCAGCCCGCUAAGCUGGAAGCCGUUCCGGCGGCGACGGAGUCGAAACCGCCGAGACCGCGCUUCGCGGGUGGCUUCACUGAGGAGAAGGCGAAGCAGCUCCGGAUGAUGACCACAGAGUCCUUUCACGACACCAUGUAUCAUUCCGCGAUCGCUUCUCGACUAGCCUCAGAGUUCAAGGACAGCGCCGAUCUGUAA